CAGUUUAGCAACAAAAAAGAAGAAGAAAGAACUAGCUUUGAGAUUUCUCAACUCAAAGUGAGUCAAGAACCGAUUCAAGAACUCAUUCAAGAAGAAGAGGGGAAAAAAAUGGGUAUAUGCAGUUCAUAUGAAUCGGUAUCUGUAGCAACAGCAAAGAUAAUCCAUCAAGAUGGACAGCUUCAAGAAUUUUCAUACCCAGUGAGAGUUUCAUAUGUAUUGCAGAAACACCCAUCUUGUUUCAUUUGUAACUCUGAUGAAAUGGAUUUCGGUAAUUAUGUAUCUGCCCUAAAUGGUGACGAAGAGCUUCAGUUGGGUCAUCUUUAUUUUGUUCUGCCAUUGAGUAGAUUGAAGCAACCAAUACAGGCUGAAGAUUUAGCAGCAUUAGCUGUCAUGGCAAGUUCUGCGUUAAUGAAGAGUAGUACUACUAGUAACAAAAAAGAUAAUGCUCCCCUCGUAUUCUCUGUGACGAAUCAAAUGAAGAACAUGCGAGUUGCAAAUAGCAAUACUGUGGGUAGUGGUGGUGGUGGUGGUGGUGAUGGUAGGGCAGUGGUUGUGGGGAAUAAGCAUAAAAGAGCUAGUAGUAGAGGACGUGAUUUUACGUCCAAUUUGAAUGUGAUAACGGAAUAGAGAAAAUUUUGGUUUAAUUUUGAAGAAGAAAAAAAUUUGAUUGGUACUAAUUAUUGAUGUAAAUAGUUAAUUUUUUGGAUGAAUUAUAUUAAUCAUUUUAAUGAAAUCGUAGUGGUUUUAAUCUGAAAUCUGUGAUAAUCGGGUAAAAAUGUUGUUUCUUGAAAUGGAAUCUUGGAUUUCUCUGUUA